GCCUAUCCCUAUGUCAUUUUAAUUGUCUCUGGUGUCAAACACUACAGUAUUCUCGUCGUGGAAAAUGCCAUGCGAAAUGGACCAACUGGAAUGUUUCACGUCAACAGUCUGAAAGGUGCUCAUGACUGCGGCACGUAUACCGCUCGUGUGUUCGAUACCAAACCGCAGCAGUCUAACUGCGUCGACUGUGGGCUGUACGUGCUGCACUACAUGGAGAAAAUCGGCAACGCCAUUUUGGAGCUACAGGAGACGUCUACGGCGACUGUGCCUUCGAUCCAGGAGUACUUAGCGGCGUGGACAUCCGGAUCAUUCACCGCCAGAUCCGCAGCUAACCGUCGCAAUGCCAUGUACCAG